UCCUCUUCUUCGUGGGACGUUUGUUCAGCGGCGCGGGUCGACGCCGAUCCACCGAAGUGUGUUUACGUCCUCGGGUGCGUGCUAAACAUAUACCUCUUUGUUUUUAUAUACUCUGCCUAGCUGGAACGCCUAAGCGGCGCGAUCUUUAAUAUUUCUUUUAUCAAAAAGCCGUGAUAAGAUCGACUAAACGGUCGCAGAGAAGAGGAAGGGUUCAGGUUUUCCCUCAUCAGCAUGGAUCGCCUGGCGUCUUUUGGAAAUGAUCCUUUCGAUAAGCCUCCCUGUCGAGGAUGUUCCUCAUAUCUAGUGGAGCCUUAUAUUAAAUGUGCUGAAUGUGGACCGUCACCUUUCCUCUUGUGCCUGCAGUGCUUCACUAGAGGAUACGAGUAUAAAAAGCACCAGAGUGACCACAAGUACGAAAUCAUGACCUCAGAUUUCCCCGUGUUAGAGCCUGGCUGGACGGCGCAGGAGGAGAUGGCCCUGUUAGAGGCCGUCAUGGACUGUGGCUUUGGUAACUGGCAGGAUGUGGCUUACCAGAUGCGCACCAAGACCAAAGAGGAGUGUGAAGGGCACUACAUGAAGAACUUCAUCAACAAUCCUCUGUUCUCCUCCACUCUGCUCAGUCUCAGACAGAUGGAAGAUCAUCUGUCCCGGACCGCAGACACAGCCAUUCCCUUUAAGCCCACCGAUGAUCCUCCAAGACCUUCAUUCGACUCUCAGCUGUCCAGAGACAUGGCUGGAUACAUGCCGGCUCGAGCAGACUUCAUGGAGGAGUUUGAUAAUUAUGCUGAAUGGGAUUUGAAAGAUAUCGACUUCGUUGACGACGACUCUGAUAUUCUUCACGCUCUGAAGGUUGCAGUAGUUGACAUAUAUCACUCCAGACUUAAAGAGAGACAGCGGAGAAAAAAGAUCAUUCGAGACCAUGGUCUCAUCAACCUGCGCAAAUUUCAGAUUCUGGAAAGGCAUUAUCCCAAGGAAGUGCAGGACCUUUAUGAUGUCAUGAGACGCUUUGCACGUGUGGUGGGUCCCAUAGAGCACGACAAGUUCAUCGAGAGUCACGCCUUGGAGUUUGAGCUGAGGAGGGAGAUCCGUAGGCUGCAGGAGUACAGGAGAGAGGGAAUACAGUCCUUCUGCGGUGCUAAAGUGUACGAGAGAGUGAAACGCAUACGAGAGGACGAGCGCAGGAAGAGGAACAUGCUGUGUGACGUCCUGCAGUACAUUCACGACACCCGCGCCUGCCAGCAGUGGCUCCACAAACAGGCCGCCAUCGAUGCUGGAAUCACCCCUGUGGUCACCACUAUCACCACCUCAGGCAGAAGAAGUGCACCUCCUCUCAAUUUAACAGGACUGCCUGGCACCGAGAAACUCAACGAGAGAGAAAAAGAGUUAUGUCAGGUGGUUCGUCUGGUGCCUGGGGCGUAUCUGGAGUACAAACAGGCCCUGCUGAACGAGUGCCGGCGGCAGGGGGGUCUACGGCUGGCACAGGCCCGAUCGCUCAUCAAGAUAGAUGUCAACAAGACACGCAAAAUCUAUGAUUUCCUUAUCAAAGAGGGCUACAUCAAUAAGGCUUAGUGUUGAUUGAACUGCUGCAAGGACAUCUGAUAGAUGAAGACUCAUACUUAUUGUGAAUCGUUCAUGUUGAGAAUGAGCAAUGAGAGAUGACAGGUUUUAAGUGCACUGCUUUGAUGUACUUAAAGUCAUUCAUUCCUUACAGAUCUGCACCUGUUUGUUUUCUUAAAGACCGAUGGGGUGCUUCUUUAAAGCUGUGUGUAGGACUAUAUAAGUUAAUAGUUGUGUAAAAAGACCGCUGCUGUUCGUGCUGGUGAAUCCUUCACUUUAAUAUUAAGACUAAUUUUAUUUUUGUUUAUUUGUCUGUGUGCUCUCUAAAUUGUUGAUACAUUUUUAAACUCUGUAAUUGUUAAAUGAAUAUUACCAGGUCUUUGAAGAACAUCUAAAUGGAAAAAAAUCAACAUAAAUAAGAAUUCGCUUUUCAAAGAAAAUGAAA